UAAACAAACGUCAACAUUCGCAAAAAAAAGAGUCGCGACUGCGGUUUUGAUCCGGAUUUAAAUUUAUUUUUCGGUCACAAGUAAAAAUGUCCUCCCGCGACGGCACCUCCAAGAAGAUGGGUCGCCCCGCGAUCAACAUCGCAAUCCACCAGGGCAGCGCAAGCCUGCCGGUCGGUUCCGCCGCGGGGAGUUCCUCCGGCGGAGGAUCGACUCUCGGCGGGUUGGAGGGCGCUUCCGGCGAUUACGUGCCGGUGUUUUUCGACGAAAUUUCGCAGAUUAUGCGCGGGUACGGGGACUGCGAGAAGCCGCUGCGGGAGUCGGUGAUUCUGGUGGAGAAGAUUGUGCUGCACCAGCUGCGCGGGAUUAUGCAGGAAGCGAUUGACCACUCGAUGUCCCGGCAGGGCAGUUCGGUGCUGUCGCGGAGGGAUUUUGAGUACAUAAUGAGGAGGAAUCCGGUGCGGGUGGCGCGGCUGCAGAAGUACUUUAGGGAUAUGGCGUUUGUGAAGAAGAAGAUGAAGGAUUUGUACGGGGACCGGUUUUCGCAGCUGGGGGAUUUGGGAUCGAAUUUGGACGAAUCGGAUGAGGACUCGGACCGGGACGUGGCGGAGAAGUUUGACGAGGAGAAGGUGCGGCGGUUGUUCCGGGCGGAUCGGAUUUCGCAGAUUCUUUCAGGGAAGCAGUACGAGGAGUUUAAUUUGGCGCGGCGGACGUCGUUUAUGCACCGGAACACGAACACGAUGAAGAACCGGAUGAGGGCGUGGCUGAACUUCCCGGAGGAUGUGGCCAUUUCGCAGAGCUGCCUGCUGACGUUGUCGUAUCUGGCGCACGAGACGAUUGCGGUGCUGGUGGACUUUUGCAUCCUGACAAGACUGAACUCGACGAACAGGACGGUGGAACCGUACAGCAGGGUCACUUCGUCGGGAACCUCCCACUCGAUGCUGCACCUCUGCCCGGAGGUGACCCACGGUCGUGGCGUCGACGGCGUGAAACCCAUCACUCCGCAGGAGAUUCACGAAGCCAUGCGGCGACAUCGGCAAAUGGCCACCCAAAGCAUGGGCCACUUCCGGAACAACGCGCUCAACUGUAAGACUCCCUACCUGGCCAUGUGAAGGCAAGAACGGACCAACAACGCAAAGUAUUCAACUGUACACCUUAAAUCUCGUUUAUUUCAUACAAAAAAAAAUCAGUUUUCACGUUUCGUCGA